AUGGGAAACAGUUUGAGAUGUUGUUUAGCCUGUGUUCUUCCCUGUGGAGCCCUCGACUUGAUCCGUAUAGUACACUUAAAUGGCUAUGUAGAAGAAAUAACACGUCCGAUCACCGCCGGCGAAGUUCUUAAGAACAACCCAAAUCAUGUAUUGAGUAAACCAAGCAGUCAGGGAGUUACACGCCGGAUUUUGAUUGUAUCGCGGGAGUCGGAGCUGAAGAGAGGCAGCAUUUAUUUCUUAAUACCAGCAUCUUCUUUGCCUGCAGAGAAGAAGAAAACCCUCAACUACCUCAAGAAGUCUCCCAAGAAAAGCAAGAAAUGCAGCUCCAGCGAGUCAGAUUUUGAUCCUGAAAGUCAUUCGGAGAAAAAGUCGUCACGCCGGGAACGGAGUAAAGGGAGAGUCGGAGUAUGGAGGCCUCAUUUGCAGAGCAUUUCUGAGGAUUAA